AUGGGAUCCAUUGACGACAGCGAAUUAAUCCUCAGCCAUCAAGGCCUUUCCGCAAGCAACCACGACCAAGUAUCCGACAGAACUACAGCCUUUUGGAGGCAGAAAUUCGAGGGAUUAGAGGCCUCGGUGUUUCCUACACUCCCCUCUUCCGGCAUUGAUGUUUUGCGCCCUGAGAGACAGUCGGAGCAUUUUGUAUCAUACGACACAGCAGUAGCAGCGGAUCUAGAGCCCGCAGUUCAGGCUUUUAUCCCCCGCGCAGCUCUAGCUGUCCUGCUUUCAAGAUACAGCAACUCAUCCGAAGCACUCUUCGGCAUUGCGAUCAAUCAGCCUCAUCCCGUUGCAAAUGAUCCAAAGCAGUCGGCAGGCACGCGCCCGGAAUGGCUUCUCGUGCCGACGCGUAUCAACUGCGACAGUGAUUUGAAAGGCGCAGACCUCCUCCGACAUGUGGCGGCUGAUGACGCGGCCAUCCAAGAGUUUAACGCCUCUACUCUCGACCUCGAAAGCAUUCGACAUAUGAGCGAGUACGGAUCGGUUGCCUGUGGGUUUCAGACGGUCCUCAGAGUUGUUGUCACCGGGCAAACCGAUGCGCAGGCUGCGGCGUCUGCUGGCGCGACGACCGGCGCGUUGGGAAUCGCCAGCGACCGAGCCCUGUUGAUCGAUUGUUAUAUGGGCAUUGGCUCGACAUUUAUUCGAGCUCAAUAUGAUGAUCGUGCUAUUGACGGCCUGCAGGUGGCUCGGGUGCUACGACAGUUGGGCCUUUUAAUCGAGCAGCUUCAGACUGGUUCAGUUCAACUGCCCAUAUCAAAGCUCAACGCAACGACACCGUCAGAUCUGGAAGAGAUCAGCAGUUGGAACUCCACGCCAAUGCAGAAAAACGAAAUUUGCAUUCACGACUACGCCUUGGCAUACGGACGCAAAUUCCCUGAUGCGAUUGCCAUAAGUUCCUGGGAUGGCGAGUGGACAUAUGCCCAACUGGACAAAGUGACGUCGGACCUUGCGGACCACAUUCUGACCCUCGGAGAGGUGGAGGUUGGUCAGGUGGUAGCUCUCUGCUUUGAAAGAUCCAAAUGGACUGUGGCCGCGAUGCUGGCGGUGAACAAGGCCGGCCUAGCUUUCACCCUCGUCGACCCAUCGCUUCCCCCGGCCAGGAUCGCAAACAUGUGCGAGCAAACGUCGGCGAAGCUUGCUUUUACUUCGCAGUCCAACUGGGCCACCCUGAAUGCCAUUGUUGACCGCUGCAUCGUCCUCGACCAGGAGUUUGUCGAACGUAUUCCUCAAACACCAGAGGACUCAGGGUCAAGGAAACUCAAACAACAGACACGCAAGCCGCAACCUUCCGACUUGGCAUAUGUCAUAUUUUCAUCCGGUAGCACAGGCGAACCCAAGGGCAGCAUGGUUGCGCAUUGGAGCUUCACCUCGUCGGCGAGCGAGCUCUUCCCAGCGUUGGGCCUGGACCAUACCACGCGCACUAUUCAGUUUGCCUCUUAUGCAUUCGCCACGUCCCUCGUCGAGACGUUUGCUACGCUCGGACAUGGGGGCUGCGUCUGCAUCCCUUCGGCGGAUGAGCGUAUCAACGAUACGGCAGGCUUUAUCAACAGGAGCAAAGCCAACUGGGCCAUCUUCACUCCAUCAUUCAUCAGCAGUCUCCGUCCGGAAGACGUUCCCAGUUUAACAACGUUGGUGGUGGGAGGAGAACCAUUGUCAACCGCAACAAGAGACGCGUGGGCGUCCAAAGUGAGGCUUUUCAACGGCUAUGGGCUCAGUGAGAGUUCCGGAAUGGCCGCCGUCCAUAGGGUCCAGCCGGCCGUGCCAGAACCACACAUCAUCACCCGCACCGUAUGCCUCCGCAUAUGGCUCACCGACCCUAAUGAUGUUGGUAAACUUGCGCCGGUUGGUGCCAUUGGUGAAAUCACGGUGGAGACUCCGUGUCUUGCGCUUGGAUACCUUCCUUCGUCGUCGGCUGAAGCCAGAUCCCGUUUCCUGCAAGAGGCGCCGAAAUGGCGCCGUGAACGAGGCGCACCAUACGAGGCCGAACCCUUUAGGAUGUUCAGGACGGGCGACCUGGGUCGUUACAAGUCCGACGGGUCCAUCGUAUACCUUGGCCGCAGCGAUUUGCAGGUCAAGAUCAGAGGGCAACGAGUGGAAAUGGGCGACGUGGAAACUAAUUUGAGACGAUUCCUUCCGAGCGAUACACCCAUACCCAUCGUCGAGGCCAUCCCGAGGCCAGACGGAAGAAUGACUCUGGUGGCCUUUCUAACGGGCCCACUGGGCAAGGGCGACAAGGAGAGGACUGAGGAAACUUACGUUAUCGCAGACAGUGCGGCGAGGCAGUCCAUCACUUCGAAAUUGCUCAAGGUCCUCCCCCAAUACUGCGUGCCGACACACUUUAUCCGUCUGAAGGAACUCCCCAAGACGGUUACAGGGAAGACGAGCCGUAAAGAUCUCAGGGCUAUAGGCGCCAGGCUCUUGUCCACUGCUGCCCAGGAGGGGUCGGCCAUAGUGGCCAUCCCAGAACCCAAUGGUGAUCUGGGCUCUGAAAAGGCGAUUGCUCUUCGACGGGCUUGGUCGCAAGCUUUUGACCUGAACCCACAAGUCCCAGUGUCCGACUCGGUCAACUUUCUGGACCUUGGAGGGGACUCCAUCACUGCCAUCAAGCUGGUGAACCUGGCGAGGGAGCAAGGUGUCACGCUCAAGGUGACGGAUUUGAUGCGCGGCGCCACGCUCGCCAGCCUCGCAGACAAGGUACAGCGUCAAGUUGGUGCCGCCACAGCCGCAGCAUCACGAAUUCCCGUCAUGGCGGCGACGCAUGAGGGACCAGUGCAGCAGUCGUUUGCGCAAGGCCGCAUGUGGUUCUUGCAUCAGCUCAACCCCGACUCGACGUGGUACCUGACGCCGGUUGCCAUGCGCCUGCGUGGUACACUCCGAAUCGACGCUCUCGAAGCUGCAUUGAACGCCAUCGAGGAGCGACAUGAAACGCUGCGCACGACCUUUGAGGACAAGGAUGGUCUUGCCAUCCAGGUGGUUCAUCCUAUGCGCCACAAGAAGCUCCGAAUUGUGGACGUCGACGAGGCCACCCUUGCUGCUACUCUGAGAGAGGAACAGACCAAGGUUUUCGACCUCACAUCAGAUCCUGCGUGGAGGGUAUGCUUGUUCAGAGUGGUUGAUGACGACAACGUAAUCUCCAUUGUCAUGCAUCACAUCAUCUCGGACGGCUGGUCCAUGGACAUUUUGAGACAAGAAUUAGCCCAGCUGUAUUCGGCCGCUGUGAUGGGGCCCCUGAACUCUCCACUGCCGCCCCUCCCGCUCCAGUAUUGGGACUUUUCCGUGUGGCAGAGGCAGCCCGAGCAGACCGUGAAGCAGCGGAAGCAGCUCGAGUAUUGGAAAGGACAGCUUACCGACAGCUCCCCCGCCGAACUGUUGCUCGAUCGCCCAAGGCCGACAAUGCCCUCUGGCCGCGCUGGCGUGAUCGACCUGAGCAUACAAGGCCGGACAUAUAAGCAGGUCAUAGAAUUUGCCAAGCUCCAUAGAACCACGCCUUUCGCCGUAAUGUUUGCAGCCUUUCGUGCCGCGCAUUACCGUCUUGUGGCGGCCGAAGACGCCACCAUUGCCGUCCCCACGGCGGCCCGGACGCACGCUGAGCUGGAGCCGCUUAUCGGAUUUUUUGUCAACACCCUUUGCAUCCGCACGUUUGUGGACGGCGACCAAGAUAAUUUUGAGAGCCUGGUCCGAAACCAGGUCCACCCAGCCAUCAUGGCCGCGUUCGACAACCAAGACGUCCCAUUUGAGCACAUUGUCAACGCGGUGCUCCCCGCAGCAGAGAGGGAUACCUCGCGCAACCCGCUGGCGCAGCUCUCGUUUGUCAUGCAUUCGGGCCCGGACAUCGGCACCCUCCAGCUAGAGGGCGUGGAGGUCGAGCCGGUGACCGGGGGCCUGGCAGGCGUAGGCAGCACGACCCGGUUCGAUCUCGAGAUGCACCUCUUCCACCGGCAACAAGACAAGAAGAUAACCGGCCACGCCAUGUACGCGACGGAUCUCUUUGAGCGCGAGACGGCGCAGGCCCUGGUCGACGUGUUUCAGGAAGUGCUUCGCCAGGGCCUUGCGCAACCCCGGACGCCAAUAUCGGUCCUGCCGCUCGUCGAGAUCCCGGGACUGUCCAUCUUCGACAUUGAGCCGACGCCAUACCCGCGAGAUUCGAGCAUUGUGGACAUUUUUCGCCAGCAGGUGGCGGCCUUUCCUGACGCCAUUGCUGCUUGCGACUCGGCAGGCCGCAUGACUUAUUCCGAACUCGAUGACAAGUCUGAUAAAUUGGCCGCCUGGCUGCGUCAUAGAGGCAUACCUGCCGAAACUCCCGUUGGCAUACUCUCACCCAGGUCUUGCCAAACCCUCGUUGCCAUGAUUGGUGUUCUCAAGGCCAAUCUGGCUUGCCUGCCAUUGAACGUCGACUACAGUACAACACGCAUCAAGCACAUGUUGUCGUCGGCAAAGCUGGUGAAUACAAAGACCCAACCAACAGCAGAGUAUGGCGGCAGGUCCUUGGUUCUCCUUGGCUCCAAGGUGUCUCUGCCAAAGGGGCUUGACGACCUACCGGAUACCGAAAUAGUCGCGAUAGAGGACGCCCUCAAGAGCGCCCAUGAAAAGGGGCUCACGGCGACAGACUCUGGAAACCCCACGGCCACCAGCCUGGCUGCAAUAAUCUUCACGUCUGGCUCGACCGGAAAGCCAAAGGGUUCCAUGCUCGAACACAGAAGCAUUGUACGAUUGGUCAAAGACAGCAAUGUGGUGGCCAAGGUCCCACCGGCAGCAGCCGUGGCCCACGUUGCCAACAUCUCCUUUGACGUGUCAAUGUGGGAGAUGUACACACCGCUCCUCAACGGCGGCACCGUGGUCUGCAUCGACUACCUGACCACGCUGGACAUUCCGGCGCUGGCUCAAGUCUUUGCCCGCGAGCGCGUGUCCGCUGCGCUGCUCUCGCCCGUCCUCGUCAAGCAGAUCCUGCAGAGGAUGCCGUCGAUGCUGGCCGGGCUCGAGGUGCUCAUCUUGUCCGGCGACCGCUUCGACGUGCGCGACGCAAAGCAGGCGCGGGCGCUGGUGGCCAACCUGUACAACUCCCUCGGGCCGUCCGAGUGCUGCGUCUUGAACGUGAUUUACCGCAUCGACGAGGAGGACGAGCUCGCGAGCGGGGUGGUGCCGCUCGGUCGACCCGUGAGCAACGACGGCUUGGUGGUCAUGGAUUCGCAACAGAACCCCGUCCCCGCGGGCGUCAUGGGCGAGCUUGUCGUGUUCGGAGACGGCCUCUCGCGAGGAUAUACGAACUCGGCCCUCGACAAGAACCGUUUUAUCCACAUCGACCUCGAGAGCCGCGGCCUCACACGGGCGUACAGGUCCGGCGAUCGGGUCAGAGUCAGCCCCAAGGCCAGGCAAAUCGAGUUCUUUGGCCGCAUGGACAUGCAGGUCAAGAUCCGCGGCCACCGCGUGGAGCCAGCCGAGGUGGAGCAGGUCAUGCUGGCGCUGCCCGUGGUGCGUGACGCCGUGGUCGUGGUGCGGCAAGGGGAGGACGAGGGAGAAAAGGAACUGGUCGCUUUCGUGGUAGCUGACGACAAGGCUGUUGCCCAGCAGACACAGCAACAAGACCAAGGCAAAAAGCAGCUUGGCGACAGCAGCCAAGUUGAGGAGCAGGUCAAGGGCUGGAGUGAGCAUUUUGAUGUUGGCUUGUACACGGAACUGAGCACAGUCCAGGCCUCAGCCAUUGGUCGUGACUUUUUGGGUUGGAAAUCCAUGUACGAUGGCAGUGCCAUUCCGCUCGACGAGAUGACAGAGUGGCUCGACGAUACCAUGCGUACCAUCCUGGAUGGCCACCGACCAGCCGGCCAUGUGCUCGAGAUUGGAACAGGUUCCGGAAUGAUACUGUUCAACCUGGGCCAGGGUCUCAAGAGCUACGCAGGUCUAGAACCUUCCGAGACGGCAGCUACGUUUGUCAACAAGACCAUCGAUUCGAUUCCCACCCUCAGGGGCAAAGCCCAAGUCCACGUCGGCACCGCUACUGAUGCGAGCCGGAUCCUGCAAUGCCAAGGAUCCUCGCCCAGUUCCAUGCCCGAACUGGUCAUUCUCAACUCGGUGGUUCAAUAUUUCCCCACUAUAGACUACCUGGCCGAUGUCAUGGAGACCCUGACAUCCAUGCCGGGCGCCCGUCGCAUUGUCCUCGGCGACCUGCGGUCAUACCCCCUCAACAGGCAGUUCCUCGUCAGUCGGGCCCUUCGCUCCCUCGGCCGGGGCGAGGCAGCCACCAAAGCCGCGGUCCGGCGCAAGGUGAUGGAGUUGGAAGACCGCGAGGAAGAGUUGCUGGUGGAUCCGGCCUUUUUCACCGCGCUGGCCAAGCGCUUCUCUUCUCGGGUCUCGCACGUCGAGAUCUUGCCCAAGGUCAUGAGGGCGACCAAUGAGCUGAGCGCUUACCGUUUUGCAGCUGUCGUACACGUCCGGGAGGCAGAGCAAGGAGCAGACGACAAGACAUCAUCAGAGUCCGCGGGCUCGGAUCUCAUCGACAUCAACGCGGCCCAGUGGGUCGACUUUUCAGCAUCGGGGAUGGACCGCGAGUCUCUGGUGCGCCUGCUUAAGGAGUCCGCUGCUGCUGGGCGCACUUCGCCGUCAGACGACAGCCCGCCACUCGUCGCAGUGUGCAACAUUCCCAACAGCAAGAAUAUCGCCGAGGGGCAUCUCGUCAAGGUGCUGGAAGGUGAAAAUGGACAGGGAGCAGGAGAAGAAGAAGAUGACGAGUCAGAAGACUGGGUCGCAUUAGCCAGAUCGCGUGCGGAAAGCUCCACGUCGUUGUCGGCAGCUGACCUCGUCGAACUUGCCCAAGAGGCGGGAUUGCGGGUAGGCCUGAGCUGGGCACGGCAGCGAUCUCAGCAGGGUGGUAUCGAUGCAGUGUUUUACCGUGACUCCAGGAAUGUCCGCUUCCGGUUCCCAGUCGACGGCGAUACCACGGCCUCGGGCUCCCAGUCGCUUCCUCUCGCCAACCGCCCGCUGCAGCGUCAAGAACACAGACGUAUCGUCGCCAGCAUCAACGAGAGCAUCCGCACCAUCUUGCCUUCCUACAUGGUGCCCGCACAAAUCGUCGUCAUGGCCAAGAUGCCCUUCAACCCCAAUGGCAAAGUUGACAGAAAGGCGCUGAGGAGCAUGGCCCAUGUUGUACCCAAGACCCAGACCGCUGGCGAACGGGUAGAGCCACGCAACGAGGUCGAAGCUAUUCUCUGCGAGGAGUUUAGCGACGUUCUCGGCGUUCAGGUUGGAGUUAGCGACAACUUUUUCACCGCUGGUGGCCAUUCGCUCCUGGCCCAAAGGUUGGCAGCGCGCCUUAGCAGCCGCCUAGACACCAGAGUCUCGGUCAAGAACGUCUUUGAUCGUCCUGUCGUCGGCCAGCUGGCAGCCAUUAUCCGCCGAGGAUCAACCCCUGAUGAGCCCAUCCCAUCUCUGGGACACCGCCAGCCGACAGAAUUGUCUUUUGGCCAGAACCGAUUGUGGUUCAUCGAGCAGGUCAACCCCGACGCCAGCGUACGCAUACCCCUGGCUGUGCACCUCAGUGGCCCGCUCAACAUGGAAGCUCUUGAAAGUGCCUUGGCCAGCCUCCAGGAGAGACACGAGACGCUUCGCACUACAUUCAAACAAAGCGAUGAUGGCGUGGCAAUGCAGUUUGUUCACCCGGCAUCUGAGCUCAAGACAACUCUCAAGGUUGUCGAUAUGACCACAUGGCAAAACCAGGUGCCGGCCGGAGCCCUGGACAAGGAAAAGGCACCUAGCUCAACGUUGACGCAAGCCAUCAAGGACAUGCAAAACCAGCCUUUCGACUUAUCCUCGGAGCCUGCUUGGCGCUCCUCUCUGUUGCGUUACGGACCAGAGGACAAUGUUCUAGUCAUUAUUCUGCAUCACAUCAUCUACGACGGUGGGUCAAUCGAAAUCUUGACGCGGGAGCUUGAGCUGUUUUACGCCGCAGCGCUCCGGAGCCAAGACCCUUUGUCAACCGUCGAACCGUUGCCAAUCCAGUACCGCGAUUUCGCAGCGUGGCAGAAGCAAGGAGCAGAACUGGCUAAGCAUGAGCGCCAGCUCGAAUACUGGAGCAAAACCUUGCACGACAGCACCCCGGCGGAACUUUUCACAGACUUCCACCGGCCCGCGAUGCUGUCUGGCAGGGCCGAUAUUGUGCCUUUUGUGAUUGACGGGCCGCUCUACGAUCGUCUCCGCACUUUUAGUCGCACCCACCAGAUUACCACUUUUGCCACCCUCUUGGCCGUUUUCCGUGCCGCCCACUACCGCCUCACAGGAGCCGCGGAUGCCACCAUAGCGAUGCCCAUAUCCAACCGCUCCAGACCCGAGCUGGAGAACCUGAUGGGAUUCUUUGUCAACACGCUAUGCAUACGGAUCCCCGUCGGCGGCCAUCAGACCUUUGCCGAGUUGGCCCAGCAGGUGAGGAACACUACGACGGCCAGCUUCUCCAACCAGGACGUGCCCUUUGAGCGCGUCGUGUCCACCAUGAUGCCCGGGUCUACGGACAUGUCGCGCAACCCCCUGGCGCAGAUCCUCUUUGCCGUGCAUUCGCAGCAGGACCUCGGCAAGAUCAAACUCGAGGGCCUGGCGAGCGAGUCGUUGCCCCUGACCGCCAUCACCCAGAUGGAUGUCGAGUUCCACGUCUUCCAAGAGGUCGGUAGGCUAAAGGGUCAGGUCAUGUUCUCCACGGAUCUCUUCAGGGCUGAAACCAUCAGCAAUUUGGUUUUGAACUUUAAGGAGGUUCUCCGCCGCUGUCUCGACGACACGCAGCUGUCCCUUGCCGCCAUCCCUCUGACAGAUGGGGUUCCACGUCUCGACAAGUUGGGCAUGUUGGAGCCGCAGAUGAACGACUACCCGCGCGAUUCCAACGUGGUUGAAGUCUUCCGCGCCCAAGUGGCCAAGAAGCCGAGCGCCACGGCCGUCACGGAUUUGUCGUACUCGCUCACCUACCAGCAGUUGGAUGAGCAGUCGGACCGGCUGGCCUCGUGGUUGCGUCGGCGGCAUCUGGCCCCCGAGGCUCUGGUGGCCGUGCUAUCGCCACGGGCCUGCGAAACAGUGGUCGCCUUUCUGGGUGUCCUCAAGGCCAACCUCGCAUACAUCCCUCUCGACGUCAACGCCCCACCGGGUCGCAUCGACACCAUCUUGUCGUGCGUCCCGGGCUCGAAGCUGGUUCUUUUGGGUGCCCAAGUCCCACAGUCCUCCGAGCUCAAGGCCAUAGCAAACGUCGAGCUGGUCAGGAUAGGUGACGCUGUCGAGUCGGGUGAGCAUGAGGCCGGCGACCAAAACUUGAACUUGGAUAUGGCCGGUCCGUCUGCAACGAGCCUGGCAUAUACAAUUUUUACAUCCGGGUCGACAGGAAAACCAAAGGGCGUCAUGUUGGAACACCGGGCCAUUUUGCGAAUCGCCCUGGACAGCAAUCUCUGUGACUACUUUCCCGAGUCGCCCGUGGUGUCAAACGUGUGCAAUCUCGGCUUUGACGUUUCUGUCCAGGAGAUAUGGACGGCCCUGCUGAGAGGUGGCACGCUGGUCUGCGUUGACCACUUCACCUUGCUGGACAGCAGACAGCUCGAGGAGGUGUUUAUGAAAAACAAGGUCUCGGUCGCCAUUUUGACGCCGGCCCUCAUCAGACAAUGUCUCACCCACGCCCCGGACAUAAUCAGACGGCUAGCCGUCUUGAUAAGCGUCGCUGACAAGAUGGACCCCGGCGACGCCAUGAAGGCCAGCAAGCUGGUUUCCCGAGCAGUGCUGAACGGCUACGGCCCUACGGAAAACGGCAUGCUGAGCACCAUCUACGAGGUUGACAAGACGACCGUCUACCCGGCUGGGAUCCCCAUAGGCCACGCCAUAACCAACAGCGGCGCCGUGGUCAUGGACUCGCAGCAGCGCAUCGUUUCGCCGGGCGUCAUCGGGGAGCUCGUCGUCACCGGCGACGGGCUGGCCAGGGGUUACGCCGAUCCGGUGCUGAACCGAGACCGCUUCGUCGACGUGACCAUCAAAGGCCGUCUCGUUCGAGCUUACCGGACGGGCGACAGGGUGCGAUGGCGACCGGACGACUACGAAAUCGACUACUUUGGCCGCGAGGGCCAGCUGCUCAAGAUCAGGGGCCACCUGGUGGAGCCGGCCGAGGUGGAAGCCGCCCUGCUCGCAGCACACGAGGCCGUCGAGAGCGCCGCCGUCGUCGGCCUGUCAAAGCCAGGCAGCGACACGGACCUCGUGGGCUUUAUCAGGCUCCACGGCAGUGACAACAGAGCGGCGGCGGCGGCGGCAGCAGCAUCCAGCAUCGAGUCGCAAACCCUAAAGGCCUUGCGCAUGGUGCUGCCAACCUACAUGGUUCCGGUGCGGGUUGUCGUGCUUGAAGAAUGGCCCCUCAACGCCAGCGGCAAGCUGGACCGCAAGCAGCUUGGAGUCAUGGCAGAGAACGUCUCGGUCGAACGCCAGUCCGAGGCUGUAGAGAGGGAUUACGUGGCGCCCAGCAACGAGGUCGAGGCCGCGCUGUGUCAAGAGUUUGCCAAUGCGAUCGGCUUAACCGAGAUGGGCGUCACCCACAACUUCUUUGAGCUCGGUGGCAAUUCGCUUGGUGCCAUGAAGCUGGCUGCGCGCAUCAGCCGUCGCUUCAAGACGCACAUCACGGUCAAGACCAUCUUUGACCACCCGGUGCCACGCGACAUGGCCAGCAGUCUCCCGCAGCUUGAUGCGUCGACCCUGGUAGACGGCGAAAACGGCACCGGCGAUGACAGCGACCCUCCAGCAUCUCAGUACGAGUCCUUCCAGCUGUGCCCGGUGGACGACGUGCAGCACUUUGUCAAGUCCGAGAUAUGCCCUCGUCUCGACCACAAGUACCGCGACCGGGUCGUGGACGUGUAUCCCGCCUCGACGACGCAGGGCUUUUACGCCAACGAUCCCCCGACGGGCAAGCCGCGCAGCUUCAACACGUUUUCCGUCGACUUCCCCGCCGGCGCAGAUCCCUCCCGCGUCAUCGAGGCCUUUGAGGCGGUCAUGCAGCAUUAUGACUCGUUGAGGACCGUCAUUGUGCGGGCCCAAGGUCGCUUCUGGCAGGUCGUCCUGGACCGGUUGGAGGAGCCAGUCGAGACUUUGGAGCUCCCAGAGGGCGAGACCGACUUUGAGCCAGCCGUUCAGCAGAUAAUAGCCGCGGACAAGCAGAACCCUCCGAACCUGGGCCAGGCGUUCAUCCGCGUAGCGCUGCUCCGGACCCGAGACGGGCCGCUGCGGCUCAUGUUCCGCAUGUCCCACGCCAUCUGGGAUGGUAUGAGCCUGGGGCCCUUUAUGAAAACCUUCCAUUCGCUCUACAAGGACUUGGCCGUUCCGCCAUCGCCCCGUUUCGCCCUCUAUCUCGAAUCUCUGUCCAAGAUCCGGGAGCAGGGAAUUUCCCAUUGGAGCAAGGUGUUGCAAGGCUCCUCCGUCACGGUCAUGCAGAGCAUAAGAGAGUCGCGAAAGUUGAUGCCCGUCGACCGUGCCGCCUUCAUGAGCCGCGUCGUCCACAUCCCCCCAGAAGCCCAGGCCCCCUUGGGUGGCGGCAUCACUCAGGCAACCAUCUUCACGGCGGCCUGCGCCACGGUGAUUGCCAAAGAAACAAACUGCAGCGACCUGCUCUUCGGCAACGUGGUGUCUGGCCGUCAGUUCCUACCAACCCAUCUUCAAAACAACCUGGUCGGUCACUGCGGCAACUUGAUGCCCGUGCGCAUCGUCGGCGUCGACGAGGGUGCCGAACCCAGGGCCCUGGUCAAGCAGGUGCAGGACCAGUACCUCGAGGGUUUAGCCUACGAGGCCAUCACCUUUGACGACAUCAAGGAAAACGCAGGCGUCGAGUGGAGAUCCGACGCCGACAGGUUUGGUCUCGCUACCGCCUUUAUGAAUUUUGAACAGCACCCCGAGAGCACCAUCGGCGACAGCACCAUCAGCAUCCACCACAUUCCGCCCGAGAUUCGCAUGCGAAAGUCGACCGUGUCGGGGGAGGACCUGCUGCUGAUUCUCCAGCCGGACCCUACCACCCACGACAUGGAAUUUGUGGCCUUCCCCGAGCCCGACGGCCGGAAUUUCCGCCUUGGCGUCACGGCCAACCUCAGGCUUUGCGAGUCUGGCGAAGUCGACCACCUGAUUGAGAAAGUCUGCGAUGCUUUUGUGGCUAUGAACAAGUCCUUGAGGUAG